AUGAAUUUUCUUCCUGGGGAGCCCAACUCUUCGCUACAAGCUGCUUCAUUUACAAAAUGGGCGCAUCAUUCGGUGCUAGCCUAUUGCUCCGGAAACAACCUUAUUAUCAUCACCAACUUGUUAUCAAAGCUCCAGACAUUGUAUUUUGAUAGUGAUCUUUGUUGUGUGGACAUAAACCAAUCAAAUGGUUUGAUAGCCGUCACUUCGGGCCCGAUUCUCUACAUUUAUAAACCAGAAGUAUCGAAAAAAACCGUUACCUGGCAUUACUCUUAUGAACUAAUUGUUGACCUGUCAAGCAUCAAUUCCAUAUCUUGGGGUAAUGAACAAGAAUUGAUUAUCGGUACAUCUAAAGGUUUGUCACUUUUGCAUGUUAAUAGAAGAGACCAAUAUUCGAAAUAUAUUGUGCGAAUAAUAUGGUCCCAAUGCUUAGCAACCCCAUGUUAUUUGGUUGGUUUCUCAAAGAACUCUGAAUUGAUUGCUUGUGUCUCCAAAUAUGAUAAAUUCGUCAAAUUUUUUUAUCGUACUAAUUUUGAUAUCGAUAAUACCCAAUUCAGUCUACUAUAUUUGAAGCAUUCAUCAUUUGUUACAGACCUUAAGUUUAGAUUCAUUGACCAAUCAAAAAAUAAUGAUGCCAAAUCAAGCAAUUACAAUAUUCUUUACACAAUUUCGAGCGAUAAUUUUGUCAGAGUAUUUUUGAGUUUUGAAUUCCAGAAAUCAAAGAAAGUACAACAUUGGGGGUCCCUCAAAUUAACUGAUUCUUUGCUUCUUGGAGACAACGGCAUUAACCAAUCACAGAAAAGCAAAAAAUUCAUUAAAAUUAUCGAUAAUUAUUUCUUCGAUUACUUGAUUAGCAGGUCUUUGGAAAGAUUAAAGAAGCACAAUCAGAAGGAUCCCAACUUAAUGAAUAAUCUUCAAAAGCUUAUCCAAUUGGAAUCUGAUUUGAUAAUGGUUGCAGAUGUGGAGGGAAAUUUGUCAUUUUAUCUUGUUGCAAAUUUAAACCUGAAUCCUCCCAAAUCUAUUCUUUUCAAAAAAUUAUCUUUUAAUGAUAUCUCCAAAGACACACUAUCACCUUCCGCAAAAAGCUCGAUAUCAACCUACUCACAGAAUAAUAAAAAUAGUAUCAAUUUUCCGCAUGGAAUUUUUCCAGAGAAUCCUCAUAUGUUGACAUUCACUGAUAGCAUUAAGAUUCACCGAAGACAUCAUGGAAAAAGCGAAAGUGUCUCCUUCGCAAAAUAUGAACAAUAUAACAACGCAGAAUUAUCAAAUACUGGUGAUAUAGCUUUCAUCAUCCAUGAUUUCAUGAAAAAGAAUUUGCGGUUUGUUUAUUUUCGGCUUGAUAAUUUUUUGCAAAAUAUCAAUUACAACAAAUUAUAUUGUGAUUAUGACGAAUUAUACACAAACAACUUGAACCGAUCUAUCACAAAUCUAUCGUAUGCAAAGAAACCUGAUUACAUUACAGGAAAUAAAUCUUCUUCAAUGGUUAUUGAAAAAAACAUGAAAGGAUUCCAUUACUUGAACGCCGUUCUAGGAAACAAGUUUACAGGUCACAAUAAAUCGAUCCAAAGACUUUUUAAAGAUUUGUCUGGCCAGGCAACUUUGUCGAUUUCCAGAUUCAAUGAACAUAAGUUAUGGACUCCUUUAAAAUUAUCAAAUAACGGCAAGAUCACAUUACAACGCAAAUGUACUAUCCUUACUGUCGGGGAAAAAAUCGUUGAUGCCAUUUUAUUGAGAUCUGGAGAAACAAUUCUUACUUAUUCUCUUGAUCAUAAGAUCACAAUAUGGACCACGCAAGGAUUGAAAAUUGCGAAACAGGUGGGUGAGUUGGACUGUCUACCUAAUUCGAAUGAAGAUAAGAUGGAUUUAUUGUCAUUUUUUCAUGUCCCGGAACACUAUAAUGAUUAUAAACAUAGCGUUCACUAUAUCAUAGCUAUUUACAAGAAUGAGUCUAAAGGCGGCUACUCUACCAAAUCUUGGGAACUUGAUUUGGAUAAAAUGGAAUUAAAAAUUUUUGAAAUUGAUGAAUUGAUUAUUGACGAGGAAAUCUCUUGCAUUUCUCCUGUUGACCCUGUUGGCUGGAAAGUUUCAUUGGAUAACUAUUCAAGAGAUAUUUUAACUAUUAUUUAUAACAGUGGGCUAUUGAUGUCGUAUUCCGUUAGAAUUGAUAAAACCAUGCGACAUAUUUCUUGGAUUCGCAACUGUGCCAUCGAAACCAAUAUUGUGAGUGCAUCUCAUAUCAAAGGCUCGUCGAUUAAUAAGAUUGCCAUUGCUGAUAAAAUGAGAACGAAACUUUACGUUUAUAAUACAACCUAUCCUUUGUUGGAAUAUUCACAAGAAUUUGAUCACCCGAUCUCCGACCUUGAUUGGGCCAAUAUGAGCACUAGUGAAGUAGGAUUGGUUUCCAAUACUGGGAAUAUUGCAUGCUUGUUGUCUGUUGGGUUUUGUCAUUCUGUUUUAUUGUAUUCUCAAUUGAACUUUGAUUAUACCAACAACUUACCAGCAUUUGCACCAAUCAAAAAGAUUGACCUUGAGCGCUACAACCCUCAUUUUAUAAACGAUUCGACUUGGUUGAAUAAUGGGCUAUUGGUUAUUGGUAUUGGUAAUCAACUUUUCGUCAAUGAUAAUUUUUCUAAGAAUUCAUUGACCAGUGAGAUGAUUCAACAAGAUCCUCAUACAAAAAAAAUUAUUGGCGACAGGUCUUUGAACAGCAAUUCAAUUGAUUCGAUCUUCAAAUUGGUUGAACUUUUGAAUAAUACCCUUCCAAUAUAUCAUCCUCAAAAUAUAAUCCAAUGCAUUUAUUUUGGGAAAAUUAAUUUGGUGAAAAAAAUCUUCUUGAAAUUGUAUCUUUAUUUGAAAAAUAUCAAUUUGGAUGAAUAUGAAGAUCAUAUAAGAGAUUUUUCUGACAAUGAAAGUGAAAAUGAAGAUCAGGAAUCAUACAUGACAUCCAGAUCAAAAAUUUUUAAGGUUAAAAACUUGCCAAGACAGUUAGAUAUUAGUACUGAGGAGUUUUUCAGUGAUUCUUCUUCACAGUCAGUUUCUGUGAGUGAAUUUUCGAGUGCUAUUCCUAGCAUGAAUGUUAGCAAUUUGUCACUUGCUGACACUGAAUUGUAUCAUAUUGAUAAUUUCCAAGCAUGGGUGGUUUCGUUAAAAGAGAUCAUGAUGAAGAUAUCAUUACCAGUUUUGACUAGACAUCAGCAGAUCACUUUGUUAACGGUUAUUGAAUCUUUGGAAAUCAUUGAAAAGUAUAAGCUAUUGACAAAACGUGAUUCAAGCAUGAACUCAAACGUAUCUAGCAGUAAUAUGGGCGUUGGGCAUUUCAACCUGAAGAGCUUGCCUGCUAGAGACGAUGAUAUCGGUUCUAAAUUGGAUUUAAAUGGUAUCAAUUUCUUGCUUGGAUUCAAAUUAUACCAAUCACAUUUCAAGACGCAGUCGUCUUUAAAUAUGCGCGAUAAUUUGUUUGGGAUUUAUUGUAAAAAUAAAGGCAUUUUAUUGGACAUUAUCAAUGGGAAUAUAUCAGUUGAUAACGCCUCCAGUUCGAAUCAGGAAUCAAAAAUGAAUUGGAGCAAAUGCAAAAAAAUGGGAAUGGUGUAUUGGUUGAAUGAUGAUUUAUUAACUAAGCAAUUUGAAAUAAUCGCUAACAAUGAAUUUCAAAACAGCGCUCCAGGAUUUGUGCAAUCCAGUUUCAAGAAGAGUACAGUUGAAGAGAUCAAGUAUUUUGAAACCUCAGAUAUGAGAAGCCCGAUAAAUUCUACGUUGUUUUACUUAUCAUUAAGAAAAAAAUCAAUAUUGAUCAAGCUUUGGAAAAUAUCUCAUGGUCAUCCAGAGCAGCAAAAAUUAAUAAAAUUUUUAUCAUUAGAUUUUGAGAAGAGCGAAAAAAAUAAGCUAAGCGCAGUGAAAAAUGCGUUUGCGUUAUUGAGUAAACACCGUUAUUAUUUGGCUAGCUGUUUCUUUUUAUUGGGUGGCAAGUUGCAGGAUUGUAUCAAUGUCUUGAUCAAAAAGUGUAAUGAUAUGGAAUUAGCAAUUGCUGUUGCCAGAGUCUAUGAACUGAGUAGUAAAAAGUCAGUUAUUUCUUACACUAAAAUGGGCAACGGUCCAGUUUUCACUAAGAUUCUUAUUGAUCAUUUGUUGCCGAUCGCUCUUGAAGAAAGUGAUCGAUGUUUGAAUACCUAUAUUUAUCAUAGUUUGAAUGAGCAAAGACUCUCACUUUUGGCAUUAAUCAGGUCACCAUAUGAAGUAUUGUGUGAUUUGGACAACUUCUUGGAGGACUUAAGCUUGCAAUCACCAUUAGGCAUUGCGUUAAAAAAUUACAAUUCUGAAAGAGAGAAACAGAAGAUUGUGAGAUUAAAACACGAAGAAGCGCUCGCCCUCAAGAACCAUGACAAUAAUCUUUUCUUGAAGAUUGAUCCGAUAUUGGUUGUUAUUUAUAAAGAAUUCAGAGAUGAAAUUCUUAAAAAAAGAGCUAUGGAAGUAGGCAGAAAACUAGACCAAGGUGCUGUUGAUAAGAUUGACAACAAGGAGUUUGAAUUUAUUUACAGGAUUUCCUUGAUCUAUAGCAGAAUGGGGUGUGACUGUUUAUCGAUUGAUUUACUUAGAAACUGGACAUUCACAAACGAAAGGUGCAAGCAAGUGUUGAGCAAAUACGGCAUGAAAAGCCAAGAUAAAAAUUCAAAUGUUGGAAUGAGCCUUUUCAAAAAAUCUUUCACGCCAACAAAUAAUGUAGUAGAAGAAUUCAAUUUUGACUCUUUUGGGGCAUCUGGGGAAGUCGGUAGUAAGGUCAAAAAUCCACCGGAACAAGCUUUCCAAGAAUUUGAUAUGGGAUCAUUUGGAAUUUAA